AUGGCGCGAGAGAGACCCUCCACCACCACCACACCUUCCUCUGGACCCGCCCACAAGGCAAACUCCUGUCAGCAGAGAAACUCCAGCCUGUCAGUCUUCAACAGAACACCACGGAGGGCGCGUGGACAGUCUCCAGAGUUCCAGAGAAACAGAGAGGCCUUUCCUGCUUCUGUGGACAAACUACGGCAGCUGAUAGAAGAUAAAGUUCACGUCCUGCAGUCGUCCGUCACUGAGAACCACCAGGGCAACACCGGAAGAGACGGACUGUGGAGGUUUGUGGUUUUGAGUGAGGAGCUGACCUUUGACCUCCAGCAGCUGCAGAGACAGACAGAGCAGGAGCUCAGCAACAUAAAGACACAACUCUCUCAGAUCGAAGGCCGUCGACAGCUGCUGACCUCCGAGCUCUUUAAUCUUCAGGAGAAGAAGAAACAGACCGAACAGGAGCUGAGGAGAAGCUCCAGCCUCCACACAUCCUCUUUUCAGCUGUGCGCCUGUCGGGAGCUUCAGGCCUCCAUCGCCGAGCGUUCGGUCCAAUCAGAGGGUCUGGUGUUCCAGGAGGAGGCGCUGCGCUCGCUCCGUAACCUGCUGACCCAAGACCUGCACAGGUACCGGGAGGAGAUCCAGAGACUGACCCGCUUCACCCAGAGAGUCGUCCAACAAUCGCACAGGUCGGACGGAGAGGAAACCUUCGCCAACAGCCUGGGCGAUCACAGCAUGCAGGGAAAGAACGAGACGGAACAAAACAGCAACAUGCGCACGCCCGAGUCCUCUCCCACCAAAUCACCACUUAGUCCCCACCAGACCACCAACGGAGAAGAGGCAGAUCAGGCCUGGGCAUCCAAUCUUAAAAAAACUUCUACAAGCCUGUCUCGUAGUACAAACCUGCACCGAACCGGAAGCGUCAAAGACCUGAUCAAUAAAUUCUCCGGUCCGGAUCAGGUCUCACCUUCUGGUUCCCCUGUAAGUCCUGGUUUUGGAAUAGGACGAGCCCUGAAGUCUGCUUCUGUAGAGGUUCUCCUGUCUCCAAAGUCGGGUCCGUCCACGCCAAGCAGUGUUGGACCAGACGAGGGUUCAGUUCCAAGCAUCACCGUGACUCCUCCACUCAGAGGAACCAAUCAGAACGAGGCUCAGAGAGGCACCAAGAGUAGUCAGAUUACUGCGAGAAUUGAUUGUCCAGUAGGGGGCAGCGCUGAGAACACUGAUUCCCAACCAAGCAAAACUCAAACCACAGAAUCUGGUAGAGACUCAGUGGCUGACUCAGGAAUGGGAUCGGUAAGGAAGAAAAAACAAACUCAUGACCGGCCGAUUUGAUGUCUUUGCAUGACGUGAAAACCUUGACACGGCAUGGCACUGUAUGCAUCUCUUUGCAUGAUUAAAGCACCGCUCUCAAUCCGCAUGAUGACUCGAACGCAUAAAACUACAGCAAGACUCUAAAGCACUUCCUCUUCAAUCGUACUAAU